CCACGCUACCACAACGAGUUGAGGGGAUGUUACAGAUACAAUAGAAUUUUUUCAUAAUUUACAAUGGAGAAGUUCGAAAACAUGAAUGCAAAAAUAUGCGAUUUAUAUAAACCGACUUUAAGUCAAGAUGAUGUGUUGAAUGCCUAUGGAAAGUGGAGCGAAGGCGGGAAAUACGACAAGGAAUUGCCUCUUGGUGUCUACAAUGGUCCACGUUAUGCAGCUGAAGCUGUUAACAUGUACAUUCCUAACAAAGACGCCAGAAUAAUUGAUGUUGCGGCUGGAACUGGUAAAGUAGCUGAAGAGCUGCAGAAAUUAGGCUUCAUGAACUUAGAUGCCUUGGAUCCGUCAACUAGGAUGCUUAAGAUAGCUAGGGAGAAGCAGCUGUAUAAAAAUCAUAUUCCUGCUUUUAUCCUAGAAACAGGGACCCCCAUUCUUGAUGAUGAGUAUGAUGGAUUAGUGACAUCAGGAGGGAUGGGCGAUGGGCAUAUUCCUCCGAAGGCAAUGCACGAAAUGGCAAGAGUGGUGAAGCCAGGUGGAGUUAUAUGCCUUGUCAUGAGAGAGGAAUUCCUCACGAGUGCAGAGAGCUAUAAGAGUAAUGCAUUGGAGCAUGAAAUGCUUGACAUGGAAAAACGUAAAAUAUGGAUCCAAAUAGCUAGAAAUGUGGUGCAGGGAUAUGUAGUAAACAGGACCGGAGUUGUGUUUGCCUUCAAAGUACUUUGAGAUGGUCGAAUUAUCAUAGAAAUGCUCUAUUGUAAUAAAGUGAAUGUAGCGUUUUAGAUGUGAUUGCAAUUUUGAAUUAAAAAAUGUAAAUAUCAUCUUCCUCAAAUAUGAAUUUCUUUGUAUUGAAAUAAACAUGAAGAAAAAAUUAGUCUGCCCUAUAGUUCUGAAUGGUGAUAAUGCAAAGGCAAAGAAAAAAACAAAUCAAUAUCUUGUCCAUUGUUGGACAAGCUUGUCAGUCAAUAGUUCUGAAUAAUCAUGUAUAUUUACAUAUAA